GUUUCAAAUCAAGUAAAUAAGUCAAGACAAAAUACUAAAUAAUAGAUAAAAUUAACGAAACUUUAGUAAGGUUGUUUAAAUAGUUUUUAAUUCGACCUGAACGUAUAGUUUAACAGCAAUAAAAUUAAUCAGUAAUAAGUUACACAACGGAAAUUUUUAUUGCACAAUUUUUACCGGUGUUUAAGUUGUUACAUUCAUUAAAAUAAAAUGAAAUCCUCUUAAAUGUAAUAAGGAAUUUUGUGUGAACAAGUGUGACAUGCGAAUAAUCCAAAAAUUAUUAUAGUAAUAAUAGAAACUUAUAAAAAGUAACAUGGCUCCUUCAGCUGAGGACUUAAGGAAAAUGUUGGAUGAAAAAAUAAAGUUCGGCUUGGAACUUAUUACAAAAAUUAAUGUUAUAGAAGAAUUGGACGGCAAUUUGAAAUUACAAAGGAAAAUACGACAAGAGAUACAUUUUUUGCAAAGAUUACAGAAAUCAGAUAAGAUCAAAAUAGAACAACUGGCAUGUUCAAAUCUGAGACAUUUAAGUGCUUUGGUUGAUUGUGCAACAAGACCGGGUGCUGUCGCUGUGUGUAAAAUAUUUCAUAUUAAUGAUGAAAAUAAGUUAUUGGUUGAUGUUAUUAGUGAUAAUGGAAAAAUAUGGAACAAAGUGAUAGCUCGGAAUCCAAAAUCACUAUCUGCACUUAGUUCCGGUAAUGCUUCAUAUGGUGCAAGAUCAAUUGUAGAUCAAGCACAAGAUUAUGUAGAGUGCGCCAAACUCUACCCAUGUAUGUAUCAAGCACCAAAGGUUGUGUUUGAGUUUGUCAGUGGAAUAGAAGAAUCAUUAGCAAACAAAUUAAAAUCACUUGGAGUUGUAGUAAAAGGUGAAAUUCUACCUGAUUCUAAACACAAUGAAGAUGAUUGUGACAAUUCAUGGGAGUCUGAUGAAGAAUUACAUUUUAAUGAACAAAAUUCCGACCAAGAAGUACCACAAUGUCUAGAAAGUCAACUAGAAAUAAAAACUUUAAAUCUAGACGUCAGUGCAAUGAUGGCAUAUGUUAGUAAUAUGACAAAUGGCCAUUGUAACUAUGUGUUCAAACAAGAAGUACUAACACAACAAGCUGCUUGGGAAGCGGAAAGACCUGUGAAGCCAGUACUGGAUAGAUUAUUCCAAGGAAAGACUUUAGUGUGCUGUAGAACAGCAUGGGAUGAUUUUAAUAAGAUUAUUGAUAUUUUGGGAGGACCUUUAGAAAAACAAAGGACUGCAUUGUUAAAAGAGAUGAUCAAAGUUUAUCCAGAUGACAGUGGUGGUGCAGAUGACUAUCCAAGGCAAAAUUUGAAAAUUAGAGGCCAUGUGAGAUUGCGUUCCAAAGUCAUAUUCAAUUUUGGUCACAGAAUCAAAGCUCUUACUGUGUCAGCAAAUGAAGGUUUCGUUAGAGCUGCUUUGCAACAGGGUGUUACCUAUGCGGUUUUCAUUCACGAAUCACGAGCCCUUACAGAAGGAAAAGAAUCGACUGGUACUAAAAUUGACUUAUGAUUUUUCAAGCGUCUAUAACAAAUAAAAUAAUAUUUUAGAGGUAAUUUAAAGAAUUAAAAGGUAUAAUUCUUUUAUUUGUUGCAAUAUGUGCUUAGUAAUGGGAAUAUUAACUAAAUAUUUUUGUGUAAAUACCACUUGUGAUAUUGCAUUGCAUCGUGAGCAAUAAUUUGUGAUAUUAUUUAUUUUGAUAUAAAAGAUAUUUAUA